CCAUCGCUCCAGCUUGAAGUCACUGCUUCUGAUUCACUAAAAGAAACAAAAUCGUCAUUGGAAAUGUCUAUUGGCCAAAUGUUUUCCGCUUUCGUUGUUUCAGUUUUGUGCUUUAUCACCAAUGAACAAAAUCUCAAAUCCAAGGCCUGGUUUUCAAUUUACUGGCACAAAAUAUGACCAAGACAUGAUAGGAAAUAAGCAAAACCAAUGAGAUUUUUUCAUUGUAUUUUCCACAAAAUUGAUAUGUUUUAUGUGGUGAAAGUUACAAUUUAAGUAAUAAUUUAAUAACUGGUUUAUUUCGAUUCACUAUUCAGUUUCAAGCAAGGGUUCUUGGUAUCAAGAACCUUCUAAUGAAUUUCAUAAUUAUGAUUUUUUUUGGCUUAUUCUAUUGACAAAGACAGUAAAUGUAAUUAUGAAUUCGGAGAUUACGAAUGUAUUUUUGUCUAUUUUGGGGAACAGUUGAAGAAUAGUUUGUUCACUUUAUGGAUUCAAUAUCUGUUUGGGUUGCCUGCUCCACUAGAAAUCGGAUAAAAAAAAUGAAUGAUCAAUACCUUUGCCCAGAACUUUUAGCCAAUUCAAUUUACAUAAAAUUUAAUUUCAAUUCAACUCACGUUGGCAAAUAAACACGACGCACCAUGUAUUUCAGCAAAUUCAAUUCAAAUCAGAAAACUAAAUUCCGAAAUUGCAAACGCCAGUCCUGAAAAAUUAUUAUUCAUAAAACAUAAUUGCCAAAUUGGCUUGAUUGAAUCGAAAACUCAGAGAAAAAGUUGAAAAUCUGGUGGAUGGUGUGUCGCACAAUAAAUUAUUCACGAAACAAUGUUCGACAGUCGGCUAGCAGAUACCUCCUGUUCCCCACACACAAAUUGGUGGUUCUGAGCAAUAUGCGCCGCAAUUUGAAAAAGUUCCUGAGGUUUGGUGUUUUGAAUGUAUUAUAUGUAGUCAACGCGAUGGUUCUGUGUUUACAAACUCAUAAAUAAGAACUGAAAUGUGGCUUGAAUUGCAUUUUAUUCAGUGGCAAAUACUAAUAUCGACGAUUUUGGAUUAAGCGAUUCUAAGAAAAGCGAUGUAAAAUUGAGUGCCGAACGGACUAAUGUUUAUAUGGAUGCGUCAGAAUAAAAACAACUUAUGAUACGCUCACAAGUCGAAGCGCUACUCAGAACAUUUGCGCGUGAAAAUGAAACAAAAUGUUUUUGUUAGAUGAAUGCGGAACGAUGUGUUUUAGCAAACGCUUUACCUAUUUCAGUGUUCGGCAUGAAUGUAACAAUAAAAUAUUGUUUCGCUUUGUUAUGCAAAUGUUGUGGGUAGCGCUUUGAUACGUAAUCAUAUCGAACGUUGUUUUUAAUCUGACGCGUUCAUAUAGUGAUCUGAAUUGAAGAAUUUUCUCACUGUUCUUGAAUUACCGAACUAAAAUAAAUAAAUAAGCUAACAUAAUUGAAAUAAUUUGUAUGAGAACGGCAUACAGUUUAAAGUCUAACGCUUAUAACCAGAUGACCAACUGGUUAUGUGUUCGGGAGUCAGGUCGGAAAUGUCUAACAGUUAAAUAGUUUCAAUUUCAAACAGUUUAGUUUCUUUUUGUUUAAGUUUUAUUCGAAUUUAUUUAUUUUUCAUUUUAAUUUUAAUUUAUGAAUGACAAUGAUUUUCAGAGAGAGCAAAUGUUCUGCUCCGUUCGAAACUUGAAACACGGCUGACUAAAAACUAAACUCCUGUGUUCCUGCUCUACUUGCCGUUUCAGCCGCAUAUAAUCUGUUUUGGUUUUAGAUGAGCCGAAAACGUAUUUCAUGUUUGCACAUAGGGAUCGUCGUUGAGAGUGACAUGUCAAAGGUUAUUCAAAUUGUGAGACGAUGAGCGUAGUACUGAAUAGUCUACACGCUGUUUCUGAAUUCAAAAGAACGCAAUAAACAUUGCAAGUCAGAGCUAGUGGCGAAAAGAGCUGUGCGACUGUUUGUGUGUUGAGCGCACAGCCGGCAAUACAUUGGUUUAUGUGUAUGUGCACUGUAGCAUAUCAAAUUCAUAACGACGCUACACUGUGUCACUGCGAUCCAUUUGGAGUUAGUUUGUCACAAGGAGCGGAGGCAAGCGCGUGCAAUCAACUUGUUUUGCUGUUCAACCUUAUUGAAUAGCUCAAAGUGAAAAUUUAUUGAUUCAUUUAAAAUUCGUCGUCACAAUCCAAAGGAUGAAUUCAAAAUUGCUGGAGCAUUUGAGCGGUCGUCCGAUCGCACCGAUCGCGAAUGUAUCGGAAGAAAAACACAACCGGAAUGCCUUGAAAAUUAUGUGCAUUCUAGACUACAAGCUAGAAAAGUCUGGAUGGUAUCGGGAAAUGUCGACGAUGAAAAAACGUUUGAUGCAGUUAAUGAACAUUCAUUCAUUCGGCACAUUCAAAUACAUCAAAUAUUCUUUGGCGAAGGAAGCAAAAAUCCAUGGUAAAGUGUUAAAGUGCAAGCGAUGCGAAAUAAUUGGUCCGUAUUUGGUGGUGCUGGAGCACAUGGCCAUCAACCAUGACAUGCAUGCCUCUGCAGUGUUGUGCAUGUUUUGCGAAAAAGACGAUCUUCAAGCCCACAACACAUCCGAUUCGUUGGAAACGUGCUAUAACACCUAUUUGGAUAAGCAUCUUAGUGGCACCUAUUUUCCCGAUGGGAUCGUCAAGUUUUACGAUUUGUUGAAGAAAUUGGCAAGAACACUGGGUGUGCUAAGCAGACGUAGUAAGGAGUUCAGAAAUAUAUUGGUCGAUAGUACUGAAACCAUUCCGCUUGAACAAGCUGAUGACUCGAUGAGCAACCAAAUUGUUGUAUCGUUUCCAAAGAAGCGGACAUACAAAGACACUGACUCGCGCCCGAUGGAAAUGUUGUUCCAAGAAGCAAUGAUUUACUUUCACAAGGAUCAUGCGCCUGAUUACAUUGACGACACUCUCAGUGUGAAUGCAACCAGACCAAACCAAUUUAUGCCAAAUUUAUUUGCGUCGGAUUUAAAUCAAAGCUCCAAUAUCCACACUCGAAUGAAUAAUGGCAACGAUCCAACGACAUUCUCAAUGCCACGUUCAUUUUCUCGGUAUGACUCAUCACAAAUGUCAUCUCCGUAUGAUUUGCCCAGUUCAUCAUCGCAAUUUCCAGUGCCACCACCACUGACUCUGCCUGAAUUGCGACCAAUGCCGUUGUUUGGAAUCUCACCAGAGGAAUCGCAUUUUGGCAACUUCAUCUCGUCUGUAUUGAACAACAUACAAGAUGGACCAUUGAAGAAGCGAGCCAAGUUGGAAAUCAAGAGCAUCAUCUACAAAUACUCCGCUGAAGAUGUGGCUAAGCAGAUGGGAAAAACUCAAAAUAGCGACGAAAGUUCAACUGACGAUUAAUUAUCUUUGUUUAUCGAAGAAAACCACUUCAUUAGCAUAACCUUACAUAAAUCAACUUGUCAACACACAUGAAUUGCGAAGACCAAUUAAAUUUUGUAGAUAUU